GCACUGCGGAAGGAAGGAAUGAAGGCUGAUGGGCGCCAUAUUUAAUACACCAGAAGCUAGCUAGCAUUAGCAGUUUACAAGCCCAAACUUUGAGCCAGAGACAGGAAUCUAUAAACCAAGGCCUCAACUUUACCGAAAAUGAAUGUCAUCGAUCACGUACGGGACAUGUCUGCCGCCGGCCUGCACUCUAAUGUCCGGAUACUGAGCAGUUUGUUGCUGACAAUGAGUAACAACAAUCCGGAGCUGUUCUCCCCGGCCCAGAAGUAUCAGUUGUUGGUUUAUCAUGCUGAUGCCAUCUUCCAUGAUAAAGAGUAUCGUAAUGCUGCAUGUAAAUACAGUAUGGCACUGCAACAGAAGAAGGUGCUCAGCAAAACAUCCAAAGUUCGUACCUCUACUGGUGGAGCAGCAUCCAACUUACAGGCACAGAAUUUGCCGUCUGAAAUUGAGGUCAAGUACAAGAUAGCUGAAUGCUACACCAUCUUGAAACUGGACAAAGAUGCCAUUGCAGUGCUUGAUGGGAUUCCAUCCAGACAGAGGACUCCAAAGAUCAACAUGAUGUUAGCAAACCUGUACAGGAAAGCUGGUCAGGAGCGUUCUGCUGUGACGAGCUACAAAGAGGUUCUCAGACAGUGUCCCCUCGCCCUGGAUGGCAUCAUCGGUCUACUCUCUCUGUCAGUCAAAGGAGCUGAAGUGGCAUCCAUGACUAUGGAUGUGAUCCAGAGUAUGCCUAACCUGGACUGGCUCUCUGUUUGGAUCAAAGCUUAUGCCUUCAUACAUGCAGGAGACAAUCAACGAGCCAUUAACACUAUUUGCUCCCUGGAGAAGAAGUCUCUGCUGCGGGACAACGUGGACCUCCUGGUGAGCCUGGCAGAUGUCUAUUUCAGAGCAGGAGACACAAAAAAUGCCAUUCUCAAAUUUGAGCAAGCCCAGAUGCUGGACCCGUACCUCAUCAAAGGAAUGGAUGUUUAUGGCUACCUGAUGGCACGUGAGGGACACCUGGAGGAUGUGGAGGUGUUGGGAGGGAGAUUAUUUAAUAUUUCAGACCAGCAUGCUGAACCUUGGGUGAUCUCUGGUUGUCACAGUUUUUAUAGCAAGCGUUACUCCAGAGCUCUUUACCUGGGAGCCAAGGCCAUCCAGCUGAACAGCAACAGUGUGCAGGCUCUCCUCCUGAAGGGGGCAGCACUGAGAAACAUGGGUCGUGUGCAAGAAGCUAUUAUCCAUUUCAGAGAGGCCAUGCGUUUGGCACCAUGCCGACUCGACUGCUAUGAAGGUCUGAUUGACUGUUACUUGGCAUCUAAUGGGAUUCGAGAGGCUAUGGGGAUGGCUAAUAACAUCUAUAAGACUCUGGGGGCCAAUGCACAGACUCUGACCAUCCUUGCAACAGUGUGUCUGGAAGAUCCGGUGACUCAGGAGAAAGCCAAGACCCUGCUGGACAAAGCACUGGCCCAGAGGCCCGACUACACCAAAGCUGUGGUCAAAAAGGCUGAGCUGCUGAGUCGGGAACAGAAAUAUGAAGAAGGGAUCACUCUCCUUCGCAAUGCCUUGGCCAAUCAGAGUGACUGUGUCCUGCACAGAAUGCUGGGAGAUUUUCUGGUAGCUGUCAAUGAUUACCAAGAGGCCAUGGAUCAGUACAGCAUAGCCUUAAGUCUGGAUCCCAACGACCAGAAGUCUUUAGAAGGAAUGCAGAAGAUGGAGAAAGAGGAGAGUCCCACAGACGCCACCGUGGAGCUGGACGGUGACGACAUGGAGGGCAGUGGAGAGGACGGAGACCUGGAGGGCAGUGACAGUGAAGCGGCUCAGUGGGCCGAUCAGGAACAGUGGUUUGGGAUGCAGUGACCCCGGCUCACUGAGUGACGUUUGGUCAGUCCCGCCUCUUAAAUCGUUGCAGCCGUCACUCGUCACUCGACACACACCGAGCUCUAACACUGAGUGACUGACGUCCUGAUUUAGAGACUGUGCAGCUCUGACUGAUGUCCAGGUUUGUGGCACAGCGACAGGAAGGACUUGACACUUUCAUGGAACUGUACCUCAGUGCAGAACUCCAGCCAUUUUUGAACUUCAUGUUGAUUAUUAAGCCUCUGUGCAGCUGCAACAGGAAGACAUGUUGCUCACACUGGAGUUUUAAAAACUGCUUCGGGAAUCUUCAUUCGAUACUGGACAAAAUGGAUCAGUAGAAUCAGAAAAAGUUAAAUCCAAUACGAUCUGAAAAUUGUUAUGUUGAAUCAGCACAAAUGUCUGAUUAACAGCUAAGUUGUUUAAAAAAAGUUUAAAGGAAAAACUGGAGGACUGACAUCAGUGUUGAGCUGCCCUGGAUCCUCCUUUGAGCCGGGGUUCUAUUUCCAGACAAAAGAAGACUCUGGAAAUGUAGAAGGCGGCAAUUUCUGUGUGUGGAAAUUUAGAUUAGGCCUAAAAUGGCUGGAGUUAUCCACGGCAUGUGCUACCGGAGGGUCUGGCUGUGAUUUUUCUUGUUUUUAUGUGUGUUUCUGGAGCCUGACAGACUCAUGUUUGCCAAAUGUAAGUGAAUAUCUUGGGCCUUUAGUUCACGUGGCAGGCAGACGAGGUCUGUGAUGGUGACUCUAUAACAUUCUCCUGCUGCUCGUUCUUCUUUUUUUUUUCUCACAUUUUACACAGUUUUGUGUCGUGUACUGUACAUGUUUAUUUUCACGUUUCUUCAGUUUGUAUCAAAGUAACUCAUUAAGACUCACUUGUAAGUGUUACUUAACUAUUUCAAGUCUGUUUAUAGUAUUUUGUAUAUAUUUUUUAAAAUGUAUGAUACAAUUAUUAAACACUUCGUUGACAUUGA